AUGUCUUUAUCGCAGCAGUCGGAAGAAUCAGGACGUGGUCAACAACGAACUCAAACUUGUUCUUCUUUAUCAACUGAUGACUCGCCAUCAGCCAUACCGAAAAUAUCAGAUGUUUCUAUUCCCUUGACUACAGACAAUGUACAAACACUCACUGCAUCGCAAACAACUCCUAUGGGUGGUCGAGGUCGUGGUGCUCAUUUGAAACCGAGAACUUUAGUGCCACAUUCUCACUGGAAAGUAUCAGAUUUAACCAUUGUUCAGUUCAAAUCAAAUACUCAACCGUCGAAGCCAAAGGAGUUGGGAAAAAUCGGCGAGGCUAUAGAAGUGAUGGUAAACUAUUUUCCAAUCAUUAAAUAUCCACAUAGUGGUCUUGUUUAUCAAUAUGAUAUUCAAAUAGAAAAUAAAAAUUUAUUUAAAGUUUCACGUGAACAUCGACGUGUGUUGUAUCAAUGUUGGUUAAAUGAAUAUUGUCGAACAUAUACGCAAAUAAAUAACUAUAAAAUUGUUUUUGAUACUCAUCAUAUCAUCUUUACGAUUGAUCAACCAUUACCAAAUAUUGAUGAAAAUGGAAUCACUGAGAAGAUAAUGGCACCUAAUAGGAUUAAUCAUCAAGAAGAAUAUCAAAUUUUCAUUAAACGUGUGGGUAAUCCGAUUGAUUUAAGUUUGUUACAUUCUCUUGAUGAAUUUUAUAAUACGAAAACUAAUUCUAAUAUCAAUGUUAAUGAUAUCCAAAUUAUUCAACAAAUAUUAUCAAUUGUAUUGCAUGAAAAUUGUUCAUCAAAUGCUACUCAUAUCUACAAUCGAUCGUUUUUUACACAGCCAACUUUACAAAAUAAACAUGAUUACUGGGAUCUUGGUUUAGGCAAAGCUUUAUGGCGUGGUUUCUAUUCAUGUCUUGUCUUCGCCAAUGGUACUAAUCGAUUACUUAUGAAUCUUGAUAUGAGUUAUACAAUUUUCAUCAAAGAACAAUCGUUCAUUGAUUUUCUCUGUGAAGUUAUGCUUCACAGUCCACUUGGUAAGAACUAUUAUAAGAAUACGCAAAAGGUUCAAAAAGCUGAGAUGGAAGUCGUUGUGAAAUUUCUUGAUCAAAAUAUCAGUGGUGAUCAUUGUCAUGGUGAAAUUGAAUUUUUAUUAAACAACUGUGAACAUCGUUCUGUCCGUUCAUACGUGGCUAAUAAAACAAUUGGGUAUAAAAUCGAUGGAUUAGGUGAGGCAGCAUCCAAACAGACAUUUACAUGGAAGAGAAAUGGUCAUGAUUGUGUUGUCACAGUCGAAAAUUACUAUAAACAAAACUAUGGAAUUCCAUUAAAAUAUCCAACAUUGCCUACAUUGAAAAUGCAUAAUAGAGCGUUUGUACCAAUGGAAUUCGUUGAUAUUCAACCUAUUAAAGUGAAAAGAAUAACCGAUGAACAAAGAGCACUUCUUUGUUUAACAUCAUCUAUGAUACCCUCGGACUAUCAUCAAUCGAUCAUGGAAAUUCGUCAAAAUCCAAAACAACAAUGUUUUGAACAGGAUCCAUUUAUUAAUGCAUGGAAUUUUAAUGUCGAUGUUAAUAUGCUGAAGGUACCUGCACGUAUUUUACCUAUGCCUCAAAUCAUCUAUACGGAUAAGUUUCAUGUAAAUAAUGAACAGUUUCGAUCGCCAGGUGUUUGGAGUAGUACGAAAACACAAUUUCAUCGUCCAACAAAAUUUCCACCGGUAUGGGCUUUGAUCAAUUUAUUAUCAUCAUUGGAUGAAGAGUCAUGUAAAGCAUUCUAUAAGCAAUUGAGGGAUGUUGCUGCUCACCGAGGUAUAACUUGUCCAGAACCCGUCCUCUAUAAAGAAUACAAUGUUCAACCUGAUUCCAUUAGUCAUAUAAUUGCUGCACUGAAGGACAUGAUGGAAAAGAAUGAUGAUUGUAAAUUUUUUAUAGUCAUCUUACCAAAAAAUAACGAUAUUAGAGAUCAAAUAUAUGGCGAUUUAAAGAGACUGUGUGAAUUACAAUUUGGCUUUGGAAUCGUUACUCAAAUGAUUAAACUAAACGAAAAAGAAAUCCAAAAUCAAUGGAAUUAUUCAAGAUUGAAUAAUAUUAUGAUGAAAAUCAACACUAAACUAGAUGGAAUUAAUUCUGUUCUUGAUGUUCCUGGCGUUAUCAGAGAAUUCUUUUCACGUGGUCAUCAAUACAUGUAUGUUGGUGUCGAUCUUAGUCAUGGAGCACCUAGUUCAGGCAGAAAAUUUUCAACUGUAGGUGUUGUAGCAUCAGCCGAUGAUAUACCCAAUCGAUAUUUCAAAGAGAUUUACAUACAAGAACGAUUACCGGAAGCCCGUAGACAAAGUCGUGAAUAUGUUGUAGAUAUGAAACAGAUCAUGAAAUCACUUAUUAGUCAAUAUGAACAACAUCAUAGAUAUCCACCAAAAGCUAUUGUUAUCUAUCGUGAUGGUAUUGCAAAUAGUGAAUUUGAUAGUGUGUUUGAAAAAGAACUCAUGGCAAUACGAGAAGCUUGUGUUGAGUUAUCCCCAGUCUAUCGACCUUAUCUUACAUAUAUUGUAGUAAACAAGAAACAUCAUACAAGAUUUUUUCCAACUGAUUCAACUGGUAAUGUUAAGGCUGGUACAGUUGUCGAUUCACAUGAUGUUACUAAUCCUACAACUUAUGAUUUCUUUUUGAAUAGUCAUCAUGGAGAAAAAGGAACAAGUCGUCCAACACAUUAUUAUGUUUUGUAUGAUGAUAAUAAAUUACAACCAGAUCAAAUUCAAAUGUUAACUUAUGCUCUAUGUUACACAUAUGCUCGUUGUACUCGUUCAAUAGCUAUUCCAGCACCUGUGAAAUAUGCUGAUUUAUUAGCUUUUCGUGCAAAUUUCUAUAUAGAUAGAAAUGAUCCAUGGGAUACAGAAUCAGAUGCUUCGCAACCGGCUAUUCUAUUGAAUCAAACUAUGAAUGUCGAAAAUAUGAUAAAAAGUAAACGUAUUGUGUUAAGUUCGAAACUGGCACCAGAUUGUCCAUUCUUUUUGUAA